UCUAAAGUCGCACAAAAGUUUCUUCCGUACGAAGCAAUGAUUUCGCUUCUCGGCCAAAAAACCCAAUCCACAUAGCAGUAACCUUCAGCCACGGUGUGAAAAUGGUGCAAUAUUCGAUAAUUGUCCUGUUGGCGGCCAUCUGCGGCGCUUACGGAGCUGGAUACGAGCAGCGAGAUUUCAUCCGCGAUGGAAUUUGCUACGAGCGCAGCAGUGCAUUAUUUUCACACAUCGGCUCAUUGCUGGAUCCCAAACGGCAAAUAAGAAUCUUAUCCGACUUUACUACUGGUGCGAUGUUUGAGCAGAGCUGGAACUCGUCUUCCUUUAAGCGCUACAGCGAAUGUAAGUUCACGAUACAGGCAACGGAUGGCAACGGAGUGUACGUAACCAUUCGCAAGAUGAACAUGCGACGUGACGCAAAAGGAAACUGCAUAGAUGUUGUAUCGGUGAAGCAGAGCAACGACAAAAAGGUACGCUUCUGCUUCUCGCCAAAGGACGUGCCAAGAAGCUUUUCCGAUCCAUACUACGUAAAGAUCACGGUCAAGCUGGACUACUCGACACCGCUACCGACCGUGGACGAUAUGCUUUACCUACAGAUAGUUGCAACGCAGAAAAAAGAGUGCACGGGCAACAAGGCUCUCGAGCUAAAGUGUGAACCGUAUGUUUCCAACUCGUGCAUACACCGAUCAUUCGUCCACGACGGCACAGUCAACUGUCCGAACUGUCGUGACGAAGCGAGCUGCGAGCAGGAGCCGGUGGAGAUAAACGUCGUGAACCACAUGAAUGAGAAAAUAGUACUCACCGGAAUUGUGUCCCUGCUCACGACGGCCUUCAUUUUUGGCGCCUGUUUCCUGUGCCUUUACAAGAGCAGACAGUGGGUACCAAGGUGCAGCAGCAGCAGCAACAGCAGCAUUAGCAAUGGCACCAGGGAUAAUGUGCCUCGGUCGAGCCGGGCACACCACGGACGGGGCAAUGUAGUUGCCGGUGUACAUUCGGUGGAGCUGCGGGGCUCGUCGAACGAUCUGCGACCGACCGCACCGGAGGAAAAGGAUCUACCGCCCAGCUACGAUGCUCUGUUUCCUACCACCGCAGUUGCCUCCAGCACUUCCGCUGGGCCCACGACGGUCUCGACAGCGACCUCGCCCACCAUACCGAAGGCCAGCAUGGAGGAUUUGGCGUAGUAGUCAACACAUCCUGCCUGACAUUUGCAAACGUGUCCGCAUUUCAUUGCACCUGUUGAUGUAUAUAAGCUUUAACAUAUAUGUAUGUUCUGAUAGGAUUAUAUUAUAUUAGUAAGAAGAACAACAAGAACGAACCGCAAACAUUGUUAGGAGAUAAUUGAGAGAGAGAGAGAUAACAAUUCCACUAGUAUUCUACCAAAAUUCGCGCAAAUUGGUUUUGUCCCCCAAAAACAAAAACUGUGUCAACCAUCCCAGGUAUUAUAAUCUAAUCUCAAAUGGUGUUUUGCGCAUUUAUGGAGCAAGCAUUACUUAACCGGCUACGCACGCCGGCGGACGAUGAAUGGUGUUCGGAAUCUCGAGCUAAUGGUUAAUGCAUCGCCAAACAUACACAGAACGCGCGUUGUUGUAUUGAGAGCCAAUACUUUAGAUCUAUUUAUUAUCUACGACGAGAUGUGGUUUACGAUUUUGAUUACCAAGGGUACGUUUCGUACUCAUCCCCAAAACUACGACUACUACUACUACUUCUACUAUUGGUCUUCUACGACAUUUAGGUGCGUUGCCUGAUACAUCGUUAAAUGCUAAAGUCUAGAGAAUGGUGGAGUGUUAUUUUGAAAAUAAAAAUACUCGAGAGAAAAAGUGAACC